AAGUAAAUAAAAUUUGACCCUGUUAAUUGUAAAUGAGAAGUUUUUUUUGUGGAUAGAGGGAGUAUGUUUUUAUUUUCCAAUGUAUUAUCACUGGUCGUUAUUCAUUGAUUAUUGUUUAAGUAAAUUUUCACUGCCACUGGAUAUUAUUCUAAAUAAAUGUCUGUCAUCACUAGACAUUGUUUCCACUACUAGAUACUAUUCAAGUACUAUUUAGGUAAUAAAAAAUUUAAAUACUACAUUGGGAAAUGACAUAUGUUUUAGUACUCUCUCCGCUCAUAAAGACUUCCUAUUUUGACUAAGUGUAAAAAUAAGGAAGUGUUAAAUCGUAGUUGACUUUUAAUUUUGUCUUUGAUGUGAUGAGUAAAAUUAAGAUGUGAUGGAUAGACUAUUAGAGAAAAAAUAUGAUGAGGAGGUAGGAGUCCUCACGCGCGCCAUCGCAAGUGCAGGCAAAGCUCCGGUGACACUCGGCCAGCUCCUCUACGUGUGCGCCACAAACGCUCUCAGCCGCGUGUUGAUCGGCCGGAAGGUGUUCCCCGACCAGACGGCGACAAUCGACCCGAAGGCGGACGAGUUCAAGUCGAUAGUGGUGGAGAUGAUGGUGGUUGCCGGCGCCUUCAACGUCGGCGACUUCAUCCCCGCCUUGGAGUGGCUGGAUCUGCAGGGGAUUGCGGCGAAGAUGAAGAAGGUGCACGCGCGGCUUGACGCGUUCCUGAACACCAUCUUGGACGAGCACGCCACCGUUAACGGCGUCAGUGGUAAAGCGUCGAGACACGUGGACUUUCUGAGCACACUUAUUUCACUGAAUGACGAUGACGUUGACGGACCCGGUGGGAAACUGAGUCGCACGGAAAUCAAGGCUUUGCUCCUGAAUUUGUUUACAGCGGGGACCGAUACGUCAUCAAGUACGGUGGAAUGGGCCAUUGCAGAACUACUACGUAACCCAGAUAUCCUAAACCAAGCCCAGCAAGAGUUGGACGCGGUCAUCGGCCUAGACCGAGUGGUGACAGAGUCAGACUUGGCCCAACUACCAUUCCUCCAAGCAAUUGUCAAAGAGACCUUUAGGCUCCACCCGUCCACCCCACUCUCUCUCCCGAGAAUCGCGGCCGAGAGCUGCGAGAUCAACGGCUACUAUGUGCCCAAGGGCGCGACCCUCCUCGUCAACGUGUGGGCCAUCGCACGUGACCCGAACGCGUGGCGGGACCCACUCGAGUUCAGACCGGACCGGUUUCUGAUGGGUGGAGAAAAGCCCAAUGUGGAUGUGAGAGGGAACGAUUUUGAAGUGAUCCCGUUCGGAGCGGGCCGUCGGAUUUGCUCCGGGAUGAGUUUGGGCCUGAGGAUGGUCCAAUUGUUGGUGGCGACUUUGGUCCAUGCUUUUGAUUGGGGUUUGCCUGAUGGGCUUUCCGCGGAGAAACUCGACAUGGAAGAAGCUUAUGGGCUCACCCUUCAAAGGGCCGAGCCGCUCGUGGUGCACGCAACGCCCCGAUUGAAGGCCCAUGUUUAUUCUAAUUUGAAGAUGUCAUUGUAAUUGAAUUAAGCACUCUUGAGCCUUAGACUUGUCACUUUGGCCUAGAAUAAAAAUGUACAUUAAACCAAAGUACAUUCAUGGCUUGUGAUCUAAAAGUACGUUCAUGCCUCUUUACGCCGUUAGGGAAUUUGCGCUCACUUUGGUUCGCAAUUAACAUUGAACCAAAGCGGCAUGGUAUCAUUGGAUAGUUACGUUG